AUGCGUUCGCCUGCGCGCGAUUCGGCGGCGGCGGCGACAGUGCGUCAUUUAACUAGUGCCGAUGCUUUUGCGGUUUUGUUGCCCCCGCCACGGCACACGCUGCGCUUGCGUCGAAUUUGUCUGAAUCUGACCUGCUAUCCUCUCCGUCUUCUUCAUUGUCAUCGCCCAACCGCCGCUUGGUGUAAAGCGCAUGACGAUCCGUGUAAAGUGUUUGCCGUGGUGAGGGGGCAAAGAACCGGGCCUUUCGUUGCCAACAACUUCUUCGUUACGUUCAUCUGCAGGUGUCUGUUGUCGAAAUCGGGUCCAUACUAG